UGUCACUUGCCAACCAUCCCAACUUAAUUGUCCUGAUCUCUGUAAAUGGCAACUGGGUCGUUGUACAGAUUGUAAUACAACCUGAGGAGAGAGUGGGUCAACAAAAUAACGCAUGAUUUUCUUCCUUUUUUGACCCUGACCAGAAAACAGAAGGCAUAAAUUGCCAGAAAAAAGCUUCAGUUCUGGUGGGUGAAGAAAGAAAUGCACUUCGGAUUGGUGGUGGCGAAAGAAGAGGUAAAAAUUAAAAACCAAAGGCGUCCUGGUUCAGCAAAAGGGCAUCAGGCAUUAUUGGUUUCAGGGUCAGUUUCUCCUCCUUUUUCAUCUCUGCCAACAAAGCAAAGUUCAUUUCAUCAGUCCUUUUUUGUGCUCAUUUUGGUUUCUGGGUUUACUGCUUGUGAUUGAAAUGCUUGUGAAAGGGUAAGUCUUCAGCCUUUAGGGUCUUUUGUGUGGCGUGAUCAUUGAGCAAGGUUCUGCACUUUUUCGUUCAAGUCAAAAUUUGUCUGGCUUUGUCAUCUGAUUUGAACAGCUAUUGGAGAUUCAGAAUCAGGAAUGCCUUGGCCCUUUUCUUCUUUGAAUCUCUCCUUUAGGACAGUGAAGCUCUUAGGAUAUUUCUCAUCUUUCUCCUACGAAAUGAGAGUUUUGAAUUUCAGAAGCAGAAUGCUUUUCAGUUUACUUUCAGAAAUAGGGUCUCCUGGGGCUGUUAAGUGUUGUUGCUUUCCCCUAAAUGUUUGACUCAAGUAAUCUGUCCAUCUCUUUUUUCCAUUCUUUAGCAACAUGGCAUUCUAGAAGGAAGUUGUACUUGUAGUUUGCUUCAAGUGUACUUGUGACUGGUACUUCUCUGAACAUGCCCAAGGGCUUGUUAUAGUUGCCAUUUGAUUCUGUAUUGUCCUAUGAUUUACCUUCCUUAGCCUCCAACAGCCUCUCUCUCUGAAGGGUUUGACCUGCAAUUUGGUUAUCUAGACUAAAUGUAAUCCUGGAUCAUGUCAAUAGUUCCUCUGACUGCAGGCUGAUUAGCUGCUAACCAUUGUUAAGAGAGAAACAAUACUGGGUUUUCCCAUAAAAGAAUGCCGUCGACCUUCGCAAUUGGAGAGGAACAAGAAGAGAAGUUCCAACACCGAUGGACAUUUAGGAGGAAGGACGACAACGAGCUUGAUUCCUCAAGCAAUGAGUCGAGCUCAAGUGAUGAUGAGCCAUCUCUAAAGCAGCCUAAACGGGCUUCAACUCUAGGUCCUGCUAAUGAUAACAAUGACCAUGAUGAUGAUGGUGAAGCUAAUGAUGUCAAUGAGAUCCAGAAAAAGGGCAGCAGGAGGAGAGCUACUAGUAGUAGUAAAACGAAAGAUGAUGCGGCUAAGAACAAAAGGAAGAUGAGAGCGGUGCCUGCUAAAAGGGGCAACCAGCAGAGGAAGAAGAGUAAUGAUAAUGGUAAUGGUAAUGCUGCUACUGAGCAAGUUUUGCUGAAUGAGCUGAAGAAUUAUAUGAGCUCAUUGUUGGACGAUAUGAAGGCGACAAGAGGCAACCUGCUGACAUGGUUGAAGGAAGAACUGCAGAAAGUAAUUGCUGAGGAGGUUGCUUUGGAGCUCGAUAGGAGGCAAAGCAAGAGCUCUCAGUUACCACAGCAAAACGGUUCUCUCGAGGCCAGCACUCAAUCACAGUACCAGACCCUUCUGCUGAGCAAGCAGUUUCAGCACCAAACUGAUUUUCAGCCGCAGCAGCAGAAGCACCUGCCAAGUUCUGAGGAUAACACUAGAAUGCAGAAUCAAAGGACUCUGCAGGCGAACAUUCAACAGCAACAGCAAAAUCAUUUCUGGCCUUUUAAAAGAGAUCAGAGCUGUGAAGUUGUAACACCACAAAGAUCAGAUAAGAACAAGAGGCCUUCUGAUGCUUACAACUACUGCAACUUGCCAGCCGAGAAUCCAAAUGAUUACAGCAUGGCAAUUGUGCCAGUGAGCUCAACUGAAGAGGAAGGCAGAGAAGAAGGUUUUGGAUUAUUUGCCAAACCAGAUUCUAUCCCAGAGAAGCAGCCAAAGAUUGUAUUGGGGAUAAGUGCUAACCAUUCAGCUGGUGAAGCCUCAAGGAGGUCUAGAAAGGGGAAAAGGGUUGCUGAAGACAAACAAGUUAACUGCAGCCAAGCCAUUCUUUCACUGCCAUCCAGUGUGAAGGACAAAGCUGGAAGCAAUAUUCAAACUAGGGUUCAAGGAAGCUACCUUGGAUACUUCCAGAGGUUGCUUCAGCCAGAAGAAAGCAGCAGCAGCAGAAGUUUCACACCAUUGGGUUCGAGGGACCUGAGCUACUUUAGAGACAACUGCAUGUCAUCUCCAGGUGUUGGAAGUGGGUUUCCAGUUGGCCUUCAUCAGUCUGUGAAUGGUCACUUGACCAUCCAGAGUCAACUGGGAUUGGGAGGUCUGCCUCGGGAAACCAACCAUGGUGUCGGUUUGAGGAUGGCUGAGGGAGGAAUAAGGUUUUCAGGUGGGAGCUACUCCACCAUGCCAGGGCAGCACAUUCCCAACAACAUCCAUGGGAGAAGCAUGGCAUUUCAAGAUGGUUUCCAGUUCCAAAAGUAGGGUUUAUGGUAUUAUGGAGCAGUGAAUAAAUUCACAGGCAAAAGUGAAGGUCAGACGCUCAAUUCUCUUCACUUGGAAUCUUCUUUUUUACAUAACAGGGAGCCUGAAAGGUUUUAUCUAGAUGAUUAUUUUGCAGACAUCUUAUGUAUCAGUAACUACAGAGGAAAUUGAAAAUGGUGAAUGAAUCCAUUUGUGCUUGUUCAUGUCUAAACAAUGAAAGGAAUGAUUUUGAUACUUUUACAAUCGGUUGAUACAAUCUCCCAAUACAUUAUUGCUUUUACCACCAAAUACACCGUAUAAAGAAAGGAGAUAGUG